AUGGCAGUAUCAAUAACCUAUAAACAACAGUGUAAAGAAUUUAUUCCCAGUUUCGAUCAAUUUGGUUCAGCAAGUUCUUUGAAUAAUGGUGAAUGUCCAAUAUAUUUUCAAGCACUUGUUAAACAAUUUAAUAUUGAAAGUAAUAGACCAGAAACAAUAGUAUUGGAAUAUCCAAAUGCAAAAUUACAAGAAGUAUCGAUCGAUAACGGCGAAGAUGAUGAUCUUAUUGUUGUCUUGUUAAAUACUGAUGGUUAUUUUUUAUGUAAACUUAAGAGAAAAUAUCAAUUAUAUCCUGGAAAACGUGUACUUGUACAGUCAACAUUAGAUGAAGAAAAAUGUCAUUUUUCUAAUAUGGAUAUUGAAAUGGCCACUGUAUUAUCGGAUGCUGUUUAUUAUUCAGAUCCAAUUGUACAUAUUAAUGAAAAAUAUUCGUCUUAUAAUUGUAUUUCAACAUUAACUGUUCAUGAAUGUGGAUUAAAAUUUGUAUCUAACGCACCUUCACCAUAUCUAUUAGCCAUAUCCAAAAGUAACACUAAUGAAGAAACAUUGUGGGUUGCAUUUCGUGGUACGACAAAUACCAAUGAUGUUUUAACCGAUUUAACUAUACAUCCUGCGUUAACAUCAUCAGGCAUGGUUCAUAGAGGUUUUUCAAAACGUGCAUCAGAAUUUCCAUAUGAUACAUUAAUGAAUGAAUUUUAUUCUGAAUCUGAUCAUCGUAAACGUUUAAUAUUUACUGGUCAUUCAUUAGGUGGUAGUGUUGCACAUUUAUGUGCCAUAUUUAGUUUAGCUAAUAAAAGUUUUAAAGAAAAUCCACAAAUAUAUAGUAUUGCUUUUGGUGCACCAUUUAUUGGUAAUAAUACUGUUGCUAAAGAUUUAAUUAAAAAGAAUUUUAAUCAUCAUUUUUUAACAAUAAUAAAUCAAAGUGAUAUUGUACCAAAUUUAUUAAAUCUUGUUGAAACUGGUACACGCAUUCAAUCAACAAUAGCAACCAUGACUGAAUCAUGUUCAGAAAUUACUAACACGCUUCUAACACUCAUUUCUUUAUCAACUGGUAUACCACAAGAAGUGAUCAAUAAAUCAAUUAGUACUUUAAAUUUAAUGAAACCAAAAUUGAAAAACCUUUUAGUAAAUAAAAUUACGGACUAUAAACCAAUAGGACAGUAUGGAUUUAUGCGUUCAGUACUACCUUUGAAUGAAUUAAAUAAUCCAGACCCCUAUGAAUGGAUUAUUACUUACAAAAGUAAUACAAUGAUAAUUGAUUAUGAAAAAAAUGAAGAAAAAUUUAUUGAUGUUAUAUCAAAAAAAUUAAUCGAAUCAUUUAGUUCAUCGACAGCAACAAUUACCGACACAAAUAUUAUUUAUCAUUAUAUGGAAAAAUAUAUUUCAUCAUUAAUAUCAUGUGAAAUUAUUCAAUGUCAAUCUUCAACAUAUAUAAGAAAAAAUCAACAACAUAUAACUGAAUUUAAACGUUUUAAUCCACAUAUAAGUAAAGCAACAGCUAUUUGUUCUCAUACAGAUAUUAAAAUAACAAUUAUAGGUAAUAAUUUAGAUUUUUUAUCAUCACAUAAAAUAAUUAUAAUAAUAAUAAUUAAGGAACUACAAACAUCACCAUUAUCACCAACAACCACAUCGCUUUCAGAGACAAACCAACAAGUACCAAACGCAACUACAACCACUCAACCGAAACUCGUAGAUGAACAAGUUUUAAUAGAUCAACAGGAUAGAGAACAACAGCAAUAUGAUUUGAAUAAAUCAGCAAAAUUUGUUGUUAUUAUUACUGGUAUUGAUACAAUACCCGAUUCAUUAAUUGAAAAUGAAUUAAAUGAAGCUAUCCAUAAACGACUAAAUAUAAAUAAAGAAUUAAUUUGUUUAUGUUAUAAUAAAGAAGCUAUUGAUGAUGAAAAUUUUUUACGUUUACAUGAAUCAAGAAAUCUACCUGGCAUAUCCGAAGUACGAACAUUCUUAAAUAAACAUUUCAAUCAAAUACUCGAUAAACAUUCUGAUUUUAAUACAUAUAAAUAUCGAGAACAGUAA